AUGCCACCCACCGCAAGGCAAGCAGCAGGAUCCAAGCAGAAAGCCCACCACCAAGGGACUCCUGGGGCCAAGCCACGUCAGUUCAAAGCCUGGUCGCCAUCUGAAUCCUACCUGUUCUCACCAUCCACGCCGUUACCCCCAUCACUCCCAACACUGCGACUCCCGAUGCCCGAGUCCCUCGCAGUUACCGUUCAAGUGGAAGGGAUCCCAGAGAGGAACGGAAUCACGCUGACAUGGAUAGUAGAAGAACGCCCAACCUGCCAUAUCGAGCGAGGAUUGCCUGUCAUCCUUGCUGUCGGAGACCUGCGGACCGGAGUCGGUCGAGUCGAGAACGCAACGGACAUCCAACGUCAUUGGAUCACGUGGCUCCUCACGGGCAGUCCAACGGCGUGCGCCAUCCGCGUCCCGACUUCGUGGUCCAGGCUCACGCGUGACGAGAGCCAGAUCCAUGCCCAACUAUACGCCUUCCUCCCUCACUCCCCCCCGCCUCACCGCCUUCUGGCGCACGACCCUGUCAUAUCCAACAGUGUCGACAGCCCGUACGAGUUUGACUCGGAGGACGACCGCCAAUAA